AUGGUGUUGACAUCACGACCGCCGUCGCUAUUACGGCAUCUCCGAACCAAACGACUGCCGAAUCAAUCAAAUCAAUCAUCCCUCCGCCUCUUUACGCAAAAGCAUCCGCUCCUUCUCAUAACCCGCACAUCGUCACCACGCCCGCAACUUCCCUAUCUGUCGCAACCUUCCCGAAACGUACUUGCCUCGCGCCAAACCGCCCGUUUUCUCACGACCGAGAAUAAGAAUUACGUCAAAGAGCAGGUCUGGCUGGCUGCCAAAUGGUCCGCCGUAGGAUGGUCGUUCUUCCUUCUCGGUGUCGUCGCUCUCUACGGCAUCAACCAGGAAGUGCUAGAACGCAAGACUCCUUCGCCUGAAGAAUGGUCUUUCUUUUCGCGCAACCAUUUCCGAUGCGCCAAUGCUGCUGUCAAACCCGAUCAUGAAUACACCGAUUGGGCUCAAGUCGCGACAGAGUUCAGAAGAUGUCUGGAAAGAUUGGAAGAUGAAGCCAUUGAUGGAAAAGGCACAACCCCCCUCGUCCCUGGUAUGGAACACAUCCGCGGAAUCAAUCCCUCUGCCUUUGACGUGCAGGAUAAGAGUGCAGCGUGGAAAGAGGGUUAUUUCCAGGUCGUCAUGAAUUGCGCCAGGGCAUCUGAACAUAUCGACAACAUGGUUCUGGAUACCUCUCGCGGCAUCGUCUUUCCAAAAGAUGUCGUUAUUGGUCCUUCCAACCCUUCCCCUCGACCCUGUCCUCCUGGCGCCGAGUCUGCCCCUCGCGAAGAAGAUUGCGAACAAGCAUACGCGCCGCCAGAAACCUUCUACCUCAAGGUCCUCACCGGUGUCGGCUUUUCUACUCGUCACAGGAUUCAAGCCGCUCUUGCAUACGCCAAUUGGCUGGAGAUCAAGGGCCUAAGCGACUCUGCCGAUGAAACUUACAAAUGGGCUGUCGACAUUGCUGCUUCAGCACUGCCAGCACCCGAGCAAGUCAUUGAUGCCGAAUCCUCCAUCUUGCGCGUCAACGAAGUCACUCCCCCAUCCCCUAAUAUCCUCACAACUGCAACCGCUCUGGCCACUCACCGCGCUCGUUCCGGCAACAUCACUUCCGCCCUCCCCAUCUUCCUCUCUGUCCUUCGCGCCCGCCAUGCCGCGCCCGUAGACAUCGCUCCUCCUUCACGCUCAGAAUACCGCGACUUCACCGUCUCCGAUCCCACAUCCACCGACAUUGGCGCCUUCUUCAACAUCGUCAAAUCUCUCUUCACUCCCCCUACUUACCCUUCUCUUCCUCCCUCGGGCGAUGAGCCUUUCCUCCGCCUUCCCGCCAACAUCCCUGAUUGCACCGAAGCAGAACUUAUGCUGUAUAUCGGUGAAAUCCUCUUCGCCACCGCAAUACCAGGCAGAGAAGAUGAAGGAUUAGGAUGGACGAAAAAUGCUGUUGCUAUUGCCGAGCAAGGUGUUGCUUCCGAUGCUCUUCCUGCCAACAAGAAUAAAUGCAGAGCUUGUCUGGAAACUGGAAUUGCCAAUUGGGGUGCUAUGGUAACCAAACUCCUUCGCGAAGAGACAACCAAGGGCACAACUACUUCUUCGUCUUCAUUAUGGGGAAGUUGGUUCGGCGGCAGUGACAAGCAGCAAAAUAAGAUGAGUUGGGAAGAUGAGCUGAGAGCUGUCGAGGAGGUCCGCAUGAAUCUGGUGGCCCAAGGGAUUAACAAUAAGCUUGCUGCUGCUCCCCAGCGCACAGGCACUUUCAUCGGAUGA